AUGAUGAAGCAACAAUAUCAGCCUCUCUUCUUACUCACACUCCUACUUAUCUUCCUCUCCCAUUGCACCAAAACCCUAGCCCAAGGCCCUGCUGCUGCCCCGGCAAUCACCAGCCCGGUGGCCGUUCCGGUACCACCAGCCAGCGCCCCGGCACUAACCAGCCCGGCGGCCAUUCCGGCACCACCGGCCAACGCCCCAGCGCCACCAGGCCCAACCAACGUCACCAAAAUCCUUGAAAAGGCAGGAGGCUUCAACGUCUUAAUCCGCCUUCUAAAAACCACCCAAGUCGAUAACCAGCUUUACGGCCAGCUCAACAAAUCCAGCACUGAAUUUACACUUUUAGCCCCGUCCGACAGCGCCUUCUCUAAACUCAAAGGUGGAUCCAUGAACUCCCUCAGCGUUGAACAAAAAGUCAAGCUCUUGCAAUUCCAUCUAAUCCCAGAUUACCUCACUACCCAAAACUUCCAAACUGUGAGCAAUCCGGUGAGAACCCAAGUCGGAGACGGUUCCGAGUACCCGCUAAACAUCACCACAUCAGGCAAGACAGUGAACAUUUCAACUGGCCUUGUCAACACUUCAAUCUCAGACACUGUCUACUCUGAUGGUCAAUUGGCUAUUUACCAAGUUGAAAGUGUGCUCCAACCCUAUGGUAUUUUUGCUCCCAAGCUUCGGCUGCCGUCACCGGCAUCCGCUCCUGGAGAAGAAGAGCCUAAGGAGGAGCCUUCUCUUGACCCUGUUGCUGAAGUGAAGUCUGGUGCUGUGCCUACAAUGAAUAUCCCCAAGAUUAAUGGCAUUGUCUCUAUUGGAGUUGCAUUAUUAGCUGCUGCAGCUAUAAACUUUUUGUGA